GAUUAACCAAAACAGCUCUCCUCGCAUCAACAAACCAGCAAACCAACCUACCAUCAGAUCAGAACCCCUCCAUCCAUCUACGACCAUCUACGCCCCACAAACCCCAUCAUGUCCCUCUGGCCCCCACCCACAGGCGUAACAACCCCCAAAGUGCCCACCUCCAAAAGCGUCCUAACAAUCACGGCAUCAACCCCCAUCCACGCCCCGGCACAUGUAGUUUUCGCCCUCCUCCUCGACACAUCCACAUACCCCAUCUGGAACCCCUUCGUCCCAAAAGUGACCAUAACCUCGCACCCGGACAACACCCCAACCCAGCCCAAUGAAACCCUCCAAAAAGGCACGAAAUUCACCUUCCACGCCAUAAUGGGCGCCCCGGGCUCAACGCCCGCACUCACAAAUCUUAUCGUGUCGGAUAUCUCCACGCCGGAACACCCGUCUGAUUAUGUCCCCGCUGCAAUGCUCACUCAGUUCCACUCUGACCUCGCGACUGUGUACCGCAUGGCGUGGGCGAAUGAUCCAGAUACGAUGCUAGCGCGGGGUUUGCAGAAUGAGCGGUUCCACGAGGUGAUUGUGCGGGGGGAGGAGGAGUGCGAGGUGCGGACUUGGGAGGUGAUGGGCGGGGUGAUGGCGUGGGCGGUGCGGUGGAUGUACAAGGGGGUUUUGGAGGCGAAGUUUGGGGAGUGGUGUGGUGGGUUGAAGAGU